CUGACAUCUCGCUCCGUGUCCUGGUGGGAGGCCCCGCCGCAUCUGGCCCCGCAAAACCUAUCUCGACCGCCUUCCUCCCCGAUCUCGCCCCUCCUCGCCUGGCGACCAGAUCCGCUUCUUCGAUAUCCAGAUCUUCGGAGCACGCCCCGCUCGCCCCGGCCAAGUCGUGAGUUGAGUAAGGGAGGCAGCAGCAGCAGCCAUGGCGGCGGCGGAGGAGAACAGCUCGCUCUUCCUGAUAUUCAUCCUGACCAUGAUCGCGCUGCCCCUGGUGCCGUACACGAUCACGCGGCUGUGCCACGCGGCGACGAAGAAGGCCAAGACCAUCCACUGCCGCUGCUCCGGGUGCCACCGCUCCGGAAAGUACCGGAAGUCGAUCUACAAGAAGAUAUCCAACUUCUCGACGUGGAGCAACCUUACCAUUUUGCUUCUCUGGAUCGUUGUGAUCUUCCUGAUUUACUACAUCAAACUCAGCAGCCGCGAGGUCCAAGUAUUUGAGCCAUACAGCAUUCUUGGACUUGAACCAGGGGCAUCAGAAAAUGAAAUCAAGAAAUCAUACAGGAGACUCUCUAUUCAGUACCAUCCUGAUAAAAAUCCCGAUCCUGAGGCCCAUACAUACUUUGUUGAAUCUAUCUCCAAGGCGUAUCAGGCGUUAACUGAUCCUAUAUCUCGUGAAAAUUAUGAGAAGUAUGGUCAUCCAGAUGGGCGCCAGGGGUUCCAAAUGGGCAUCGCUUUGCCCAAGUUCUUGCUGAAUAUGGAUGGUGCAUCUGGCGGGAUAAUGCUUCUAGGAAUUGUGGGGCUUUGCAUACUCUUCCCCUUGAUGAUAGCAGUUAUUUAUUUAUCAAGGUCAUCAAAAUAUACUGGAAAUUAUGUCAUGCAUCAAACUCUGUCCACUUAUUAUUACUUUAUGAAGCCAUCUCUAGCUCCAAGCAAAGUCAUGGAUGUCUUCAUCAAGGCUGCAGAGUAUAUGGAGAUGCCAGUACGACGCAGUGAUGACGAGCCCCUGCAGAAAUUGUUUGUAGCAGUUAGAAGUGAGUUAAAUCUAGAUUUGAAGAAUAUUAGAACAGAGCAAGCCAAGUUCUGGAAGCAGCAUCCAUCACUUGUAAAGAUGGAACUCUUGAUUCAGGCUCAUCUUACUCGAGAGUCAUUUGCUUUGACACCAGCGCUAGUAAAAGAUUACAGGCACAUGCUUGAACUUGCGCCUCGUCUUUUGGAAGAACUAGUUAAGAUUGCACUUCUACCGAGGAGUCCCAACGGUUUUGGAUGGCUCAGGCCUGCAAUUGGUGUAGUUGAACUGUCUCAAAGUAUAAUUCAGGCUGUCCCUCUCAGUGCUCGAAAAGCUGGUGGAGGUAAUUCAGAAGGAAUAGCACCUUUCUUGCAGCUGCCACAUUUUACUGAAGCAACUGUCAAAAAAAUUGCCCGCAAGAAAAUCAGGGCAUUCCAAGAACUUUGCGAUAUGUCGGAGGUGGAACGUGCCACACUGCUGACACAGGUAGCUGGACUUUCAGAAGAAGAAGCUCGGGAUGUAGAGCUUGUACUGGAGAUGAUUCCUACUGUUGAGGUGGAUAUUAAAUGUGAAACUGAAGGAGAAGAGGGCAUACAAGAGGGUGAUGUUGUCACAAUGUAUGCUUGGGUCUCACUUCAGCGUCGCAGUGGGCUAACUGCUGCCCUUCCCCAUGCUCCUUUCUAUCCGUUCCACAGGGAAGAGAACUUCUGGCUGCUUCUAGCAGACACAGCGUCAAACGAAGUUUGGUUAUCCCAGAAAAUCAGCUUCAUGGACGAGGCUACCGCCAUAACUGCAGCGUCAAAAGCUAUACAAGAUACCCAGGAAGCAUUGGGAGCAAGCCCAAAGGAAAUAGGACUUGCAGUUAGGGAGGCGGUUGACAGAGUGAAGAAAGGCAGUAGGCUGGUGAUGGGCAAGUUCCAAGCCCCAUCAGAGGGCAAUCACAACCUGACGUCCUUCUGCUUGUGCGACGCAUGGAUAGGCUGUGACAGCAAGACUAGCUUUAAGCUGAAGGUUCUGAAGCGCAGCCGCGCGGGAACAAGAACCUAUGUGCCUGAAGAAGGGCCAGUGGCAGAGGAUGGCAUUGAGGAGGAAGAGGAGGAGGAAGAAGAGGAGUAUGACGAUUACGAGAGCGAGUACAGUGAGGACGAGGAAGAAGAAAAGAAGAAGGGAAAGGGUAAGGUUGCAAACGGAGCAGCACAUCAAAGGGCAAGCUCUGAUAUAGAUUCAGGCAGCGAUGAUUGAUACUAUACCUUGUGAUGUUCAACCAUAGAUGAUUAACAUCCAUGUUUUUUGCCAUUUGACUUGUGAAACUUAGAGAGAAAACAUCUCCCAUCAACUUAUAGAGCAUGCGGUAAUAGUUACUGGAUUUUCCGUUUUGUUUA